AUGAGUGUCAUGGAUAGUUUUGAAGAUGCUAAAACACGCUUGGGAGGAUGGGAGGAAAUCUACACAGAUUUCGAUGGAUAUAUCUGUAAAUUCAACAGGUGUUUUUAUAGAAGAUCCACACAAAACGUUGAAGAAUUUCAAAGAACAUUAGUUCCAAGUGUUAAGACCGAAAAUCAUAUGCCGUUAGAAAAAUUAAACAUUGAAGGCAUAGUUUUUAGUGAAUCAACACCAAAAAGCAAUAUAUUAAAUUUUUUAAACAUACGAAAAGAUGGCGAUGUUUUUAUAAAUUACGAUUAUACUAUAAAAAAAUUAGUGGAGAAACAAAUUGUUUACAAAUAUACGAGAUCAAAACUUUUAUUUUGUUUCUAU